AUGACAACUGAAACAUCCCUCAUGGGUACCUCGGCCUUCUCGGUCGCACCAACGGAUUUUCGCAUUGUGCAUCCUCUCUCGGCAUCUCCAGCAUCAUCGGCAUUCUUUCCUCCCAACAACUGUUCACCGCCGCCAUCAUCACAGCCACAACAGCUUCAGCAACACACUUCGAAUGGCAUCAGCAGUAAUAAUCCAGAGGAUGUAACGACCAUCUUUGUCGUCGGUUUUCCAGACGAUAUGUUGGAACGAGAAUUUCAAAACAUGUUUACGUUCUCGCCCGGCUUUGAAGCCGCUUCCCUGAAAUGGCAUUGCAAGGAUCAAGACGAAGACGGCAGUGGAGCUGCUGCUGUUAAUACUGCUAGUGCCAGUGCUGCCACUACGGCCAGCAGUGGCUCUGGCAGUGGCUCUGCUGGAGCAAAGAAGCAAAUGAUUGGGUUUGCAAGAUUCCGCACACGUUUAGAAGCAAUGGAAGCCGUCGAAGUAUUAAGCGGCAAAAGGAUCGACACUGACAAAGGCUCUGUGCUCAAAGCGGAAAUGGCAAAGAAGAAUUUGCAUAUCAAGCGUGGCUCGAUCGUACCGAAUGUACACCCUUCAAUUCCGGGUGGUUCUUCGUCUGCAGCGGCCGCGGCAGCAGCAGCAGCAGCAGCAGCAGCAGCAGCUCAGCAACAGCAACAGCAACAGCAACAGCAACAAUCAUCCCAACAAUCACAGCAUCCACUACAGCAACAACAACCAUCACAUCAUCUUCAUCAUCAUCAUCAUCAGCAGCAGCAGCAGCAACAUCAUCCACACCAUCAUCAGCAUCAAGCAGCGGCGGCAGCGGCAGCACAAGCAGCAGCAGCAGCAGCCGCGGAGACUGGUUCAUCUCCGCUGAGCAUCUUGUCGAGAAAGAUGAGUUUACACCCACCUCCGACCGCCUACGACACAUUUUCACCGUUGCCAAGCGACCUGCUGUCACCAGCCGACUACAAGAACGAUCCCUUCAACGACCAUCCACUGGCAAAUGGCUCGUCGACCACUCCCACCACCUCCACUGCUGCAACAUCCACUAGUGUCAAUGGUGGUGGCGGCUUCAACGACGCAUUUUUCAACCUGCGCUCUCAAUCCUUUGAUGCUCGAAGCAAUGACCUUGUUGUUUCGCCGCGUGCAUUCAGCUUGUAUCCACGCUCAACCAACCGUGUCGGCAGCAGUAGUGCCGCCGCCAUGCACGGACUGAUGCAGGACACAGCCGUAUCAGCAUCCUUGGGCGGUCCCAUCUCCUCAUCAGUACCGGACAGCGAUCCAUUCGGUUAUCUCUCGAAAUCAUCUCCCGUCAUGAACGACAGUCGCGCGAAUGGAAGCGCGUCGUUUUUUGAGACAGCUAUAGCCAACGGUAGCACCAACACGGACAUCUUGAGCUCGCGCAUGAACUCGUUGCUGAUCAACACCAACAACAACAAUGGCACCAAUGGCAGUAAUAACAACAACAGCAGCAACGGGAUCUCUUCUGAUCUGCGUGCUGCUCCAAGCAUGUCGUCGCCGAGCAACUACCGUGGCAGCAUAAGCAGCAGCAGCAACAAUCCAGCCGACCAGAAUCCACCUUGCAACACGCUGUACGUCGGCAACUUGCCGCCCUACACGAGCGAGGACGAGCUGCGACAAUUGUUCUCGAAAUGCACCAACUUUAAACGGCUGUUGUUCCGCUCCAAAAACCAGCAGGGACCCAUGUGCUUCGUCGAGUUUGAAGACGUCGUAUAUGCUACGCAAGCCAUGAACGAGCUCCAGGGCCACACGCUCAGCAACUCGGUCAAGGGCGGUAUUCGCCUGUCCUUCAGCAAGAACCCGCUGUUCACCAAGCCUAAUGGUGCGAAUGGUACCACCACAACCGCAACCCCCACUGCCACGACCACGAGCACCGGCAGCACGAACAGCAACAACAGCAACAGCAACAAGAAAGGUGGCGACAGUUUCAUGUUUGAUCCUCCAAUGUGA